ACUGAACAAGCAAGCAAGCUUAAGAGUCAGAAGUCAAAACUCUAAUUAACUCCAAGACACUGAGCAGAUCCUGUUUCCAGCCUCACCUUUUGAUCUGAAGUUGGUUUUAAGCUCUUGCCACCAUGCCUGCUGAUUACAAUGGGACGUGGGAAAUGGAAACUAAUGAAAACUUUGAAGGCUACAUGGUUGCUUUAGAUAUUGAUUUUGCGACUCGUAAGAUUGCAAAACACUUGAAACAAACAAAGGAGAUUAUUCAAGAUGGAAAUAAUUUUAAAACAAAAACAAUCAGUACUUUCAGAAACUAUGAACUGGAUUACACUGUGGGAGUGGAGUUUGAAGAACAUACCAAGGGACUGGAUAACCGAGUGGUAAAGACACUAGUGACGUGGGAUGGUGACAAACUGGUAUGUGUUCAGAAAGGUGAAAAGAAAAACAGGGGCUGGAAGCACUGGAUUGAAGGAGACCUACUGCAUCUGGAACUGACAUGUGAAGACCAGGUGUGCCAUCAGAUAUUUAAGAAGAAAAACUAAAAUUGACCAGAAAGCUACCCAGAUCAUCAUCACACUAUUAUGCUGUUAUGUUUUGUCUAAAAAGAAGAACCAAGCCAGAUUUGCAAUAAUUCUUUGACACUGCUAUGCGAAUGUAUUUUGUUCCUGUUUAUGGAAGGAAACACAUUUUAUAGAAAUAACAUCAAACAGUUACAAACAUCAUAAAUUACUUUGACUUUCAGUCUGGAGUUAAAUAAAAGUAAUUGUCUUUCAAAUAAUGCUUUCCUACAUCUUUGUAAUCAUUUCCAGAGGAAUGUCCUUUAGCAACAAGGCUGAAAAUUAACAGUCACAACUAUCUCAACCACAGUAUAUCUCUCCACAGUGCUGUAAUAUCUUAAUAUAUUUGGAUGACUGAGUAAAAUUGGACAUUCAUUGGACUGUUUCUGUUUAAUUUAGUCCUGGAUCACUAAGUCCACAGUUUCAGGCAGCAGAAUGGCUCACUGAACAUGAUACAUGGCCUUUCACAUGUAGGUUAUUCAUUUGAAUUUGGCCCAGGUCUAUAGCUGCUAGUAGUUAUCCCCUGAUGAAUGUCUCAUGGCCAAUGUGAUAUGCUGUAGCUCCUUAAUACAGUCCUAACUUGGAUCACUGAGAAUGCUGCUAACCUCCAGUUAGAACUGGCAUCCACUAAUAAUCCCAGUGAAGAAAUCCACUGUUUGAAGCAAACUCUACAUUCAAGAGUUGCUCCAUGAUGUGAAAACUAAGGCAUACUUAUGGCUAUAAGAGGAAAACUGCAGAGUAUACACAGAUUGCAUGUACCCUGUGCAUGUACCCUAAAGAAUACCCAGCAUGCUGCAAUCUUCAACUUGUACCUACCUUUCAGAGACUUUAAAAAGAAAAGUCAUU